GCGGCAACGUCCAUCAGCACAGUGGAAGGUUCACAGCAACCCAUCAGUGUGCCAGUUCGCGGUGGACGUUAUGAUGUUCUUCUGCGGGAACGUCAGUGCAAAGCAGUGUACUGGGAGGAGGAGCGCAGUGAGGUUCGGCGAGCCACCUGGUUUUUCAAACCCCAGAAUGAGCAACGAGUUCUACCCUUUUCUGAAGCCAUGUGUUCUCGACUGGAAGAGCAAUAUCGGAGGGCCGUGGAGUCGGGAACCUGGGGACAGAAGUUUGGCUUGCCCUCGGAAGAAGACGAGGCUGUCUCCGACACCUUCGUUUUCCACAGUCCAGAGGUAAGACCGAACUUCUAG